AUGCACAGGGAACAUGAAGAGAUGCACCAACCAUCAAGACGACGACGACCGCCGAGAGAAGUCGAAAGGCCAUCAGCAACUAUACGAUACGAGCCUGUCGCUGAGCCAGAACCAUGGUGCUCAUUUUGCUCUUGGGAUUUAAUCCUAAUUCUACUGGUCAUGCUGGGUGCUGGAUGUUUUAUUCUUCUUCAUCUAUAUCUCUACCCAAAUCUUGAAAAAGUCGCUCCCUUGCCAAACAUUGAUCCAGAAAAUGCUCCGUACACCUGGGGAACUUAUCGUCCACACAUGUAUUUCGGAUUACGGACUCGAUCACCAAUGUCCCCACUUUUUGGAAUGAUGUGGUACGAACAACCAAAUACAAUUCAGAGACCUCAUAUCAGGCAUUGGUGUAAUCAAGAUGAUCGUCUGCCUGGAUAUUACUGGUAUGAAGCCGAUGGACGUCAUUUCGGAAAACAAAAUAUAUCAGAAGCUCACAAAGGUGUAAUUCAAACCGAUUGGAUAAACGAUGCCAAUGGAUUUGCAGCACGUGUGAAGCUAAAUAUGGCACCGGGAAGAAGAUACAAUGUUAUUCUAUAUCUAUCAGCUCAAGAAAUUGGAACUCGAUUCCGGUUAGGCAAACAUCUGAGCGAUGUCUUUCAUGGUUACAAUGAACUUCUUGGCAAAUUCACAAUGUCCUUGAGGCUAAAGGAUAACACAAAACUUCAAACUUCUCAUUCUGUAAUGCUCACUGAUGAGAAAAUUCCCAUUGACAGAUAUCAUGAUUUUGUAGUUGACAAUACGCAAGCUUACAAUGCUCCAAACCAACCACUCAAUUAUAUUCUUAACGAGAAGCACAACGACGAAGAGGGAAAAUUCAUUGCUGUUCAGCUGAAUUUGGGAAGUCAAGCAGAAUUUGAUAUAAUUCUUCAAACUGAAAAACUGAAAGGAAUGAAACCAGAAGAAUUCACCAAUAUUCUUCGAAUUCGUUCCUAUAAUUUCAAUAAAAAGUAUGAGAAUGUCUUCCAACUUGCUGGCAAGAACUACACAAAAACUCAACUGAAAAUGGCCAAAGUCAGUUUAUCAAAUAUGCUUGGAUCAGUUGGAUAUUGGUAUGGACACAAUCGAGUUUUAUUCAAUGGAAUAGUACAACCAUAUGGUCCACAUGUAUUAUUCUCUGCUGUUCCAUCUCGACCAUUCUUCCCACGAGGAUUCCUUUGGGAUGAGGGUUUCCAUCAAAUGUUGAUACGGAAAAUGGAUUCAAAAAUGACACUUGAAGCUAUUGCAUCAUGGAUGAAUGCAAUGGAUACUAGUGGAUGGAUUCCAAGAGAAAUGAUUGUUGGAUCGGAAGCAGAAGCCAAGGUUCCAGCUGAAUUUAUACCACAGAAAAAUGAUGUUGCGAAUCCGCCGACACUGUUCUAUGUAAUGGAUAAGUUAGUUAAUGAUGAGAAGACUGUCGGAAGAUAUGCCGGAAUUCUCAAGUUAUUGUAUCCACGACUUGAAAAAUGGUUUCACUGGAUUCGUAUUACCCAAUCUGGUCCCACUCGUACUACAUACAGAUGGCGCGGACGCAAUGAAACCAUAAAAACUGAGCUCAAUCCAAAAACGUUGUCAUCUGGAUUAGACGAUUUUCCACGAGCAUCUCAUCCAUCAGAUUUGGAAUAUCAUCUAGAUUUAAGAUGUUGGCUUGCACUUGCUUCUCGAGUUUUGAAUAGACUUGCAAAAUCAUAUGGAACUGAUGCUGACUAUCAAAGAACAGCAAAAGCAAUGGAAGAAUUAAACAAUUUUGAUUCACUUGUUAAAGAUCAUUGGAGUGAAGAAGCUCAAGGGUUCUUCGAUUAUGGAAAGCAUAGUUUUGAUGUAGCUUUAUCUCCAGUUCCAACACCCGGUAGUCCACGGCAGUUUGAGUAUCAACGUGUCACAUCUCGAGCUCCAAGUUAUACUCUUGUAAGCGAUGCAUUUGGAUAUAACAAUUUGUUCCCAAUGAUGCUCAAAUUGAUUCCAUCGAAAUCUCCAAUCCUCAAGUCCAUGCUAGAUAAAAUUCGAGAUCCAAAAAUUUUGUGGACUAACUAUGGUCUUCGUUCGAUAUCCAGAAGUUCCCCAUAUUACAUGGCACGAAACACGGAGCACGAUCCACCAUACUGGCGUGGAUAUAUCUGGAUUAAUGUCAAUUAUAUGGUAUUAAGCUCGUUACGACAUUACGCUGAUCAACCUGGACCAUAUCGAGAAAAUGCGGAAAACAUUUUCAGCGAGCUGAGAGCAAAUUUGGUUAAAAAUCUAGCUACACAAUUCCAAAAAACUGGAUUCCUCUGGGAAAACUAUGACGAUCGAACUGGAGAAGGACGUGGAUGUCAUCCAUUUACUGGAUGGUCUUCUCUAAUCCUUUUGAUUAUGAGUGAUAACUUGGACACUUAGAUUUUAGAUCUAGAUUAAUUUAUUUUCCGGUUUAUUGCCAUUGACUAGUCGCUUUCUUGUUUUUAUUUUAAAAUUAUUUGUCUUUUAUGGGUACUUUUUCAUAUGUAUUUAUUUAAUUUCGCUUAUUUUUCUAUUCUACCAAUAUUUAUAUACGGUGUAUCAUCGAUUAUCUAUGAAGGGUUUAUGUUUUCG